CCAGAAGUUACUUUCGGGCCACAUUUCCGUCCUGAGUUCUCCGUCUGGCAACUUGACUCUUCCCAUACCCAAGCAACUGUACUCCGUGCUGUCAAUCUUUAACAGAAGAACUACCAUGCACUCAAUACCAAGAUCAUAUCGUUAUGCAUGUCUCGCUCUGCUACACAGAAGGUCGGCUCGAUCAAUACUGACGAAUGCCGCAUAUCGAGCAAGCCCCUCAGCGAACUGCGUUCGACGUGCCCACGCACUCACUGCAUCGGGCCGCUGAAGUGAUCCAUACUGGUAAUGUUUUGACCUCCCUCACCCCAGUGCGUCCUGAAGCCAGGGCAGCAACGGAAAGACUGACUUCAUGAUCUAGAUCUUCAGAUGAGAGAUCUACUUUUCCCUGCGGCUGCUCCAGCCAGAAUGUCUAGGUACGAGGAAAAUGUGAUCAAAUACCCGCUGUCACGGAAAAUCCUCAAAGACCGAACCAUCUACGCCACCAGAUUGUUUCCUACAGGAGACGGACUUCCCGUGCUGUGCGAUUUCGGAGAAGCACGAUUCGGCGACCAGCACAAUUGCGGGAUGAUUAUGCCGGACUUCCACCGCGCUCCAGAGGUUAUCCUGGGCUUUCCGGGCUGGGACUACCAAGUUGACAGCUGGGGGGUGGGGAUGUUGGUAAGUCUUCCACAUUACGCUUUUCGGCUUCGAUCCGCGGACUCUGUUGAUCACGAAUCACAGGAGGGACGGUCUUUGGGAUGAUGGCGCCCACGUCGCGGAGUUGGUCGCUCUUCUCGGGCACCCCUCUCGCG